AAAGGAGGGGGCCGGGAAAAUGACAAAACUGGACACGACAGUCCGCCAGUCUUAUCAAGAAUCUCUCCAUAAGCUGUCGAGUCCAAAAGCCUCCCGUUGCUCCCCUCACCUCCUGAUCUUCACCCUCAGCAGCAGCAGCAGCAGCAUUAGCAAGAAGAAGAAGAAGAGCAGCGCUCCUUCCCGUCCGGAACAAUGCCUGAGAUAAUAACAGCCGAGAAUAUAUUCAACGAGAUUAAGGAAACAAUCGGUGAAAAUGUUCUUAAGCAGAAGUCUGUUUCAUUCAUUGAGGGGGACAAGGCCGACGCAGUUACUUCUCAAUUUAAAAGGCUCUUUGGACGCCAGAAGCCGAUUCACCGUCUAUUUGGGGGUGGAAAAUCUGCUGAUGUGUUACUGUGGAGGAACAAAAAGAUCUCAGGAGGUGUCUUAGCCGGUGCAACUGCUAUAUGGGUGCUUUUGGAGUGGCUUGACUACCACUUUCUGACGCUUGUAUGUUUCACUCUCAUCCUUGGCAUGCUAGCUCAGUUUCUGUGGUCAAAUGUUUCUGGGUUGCUGAGCAGCAGGUCAGCAUCCAAACCCCCUCGUCUUGUGGUGCCUAAUGAUGUCUUUGUUGACAUCGGGAAGUCUGUAGGAGCUGAGGUUAACGAAGCUUUGAAAUUCCUUCAGGAUGUUGCUCUGGGAGGAAACUUGAAGCAAUUCCUCAUUGUUGUGGGGAGCCUUUGGGCAGCAGCUAUAAUAGGAAGCUGGUGCAAUUUUAUAACAGUGUUGUACAUUGGUUUUGUUGCUGCUCACACAUUACCUGUUCUGUAUGAGCGAUAUGAAGAUCAAGUCGACAGCUUCGGUGACCAGGUCCUGGACCAGCUUCAGCAUCACUAUCGUAAAUUGGAUACUGUUCUUCUCAGCAGGAUCCCCAAAGGGAAGCUCACGGCCAAGAAGUUCGAAUAGAUUACCCUAAGAAAGUGCAUGAGAUUGAUUGAUACAUGUCCUUAUCGUCUCUCAUGCGUGCCAUUCAUGGGCCUUGAGCACAUAUAGCUACAUGAAUAGUCUUGAUCUGAUCAUAUUAAGCCUGCACAAAGUCGUUCUUGUGCCUUGAACUGUGGCUUAUGUUAAUGAAUAUUCCCCAUUCCGAUACGCAGUAACUCACAAUGAAGUGGGAAAACUAGAAGAAAAAGGUUCAAAGGCUGGCUUUUGUUCGUUCA